CACUCUGGUCUCUGGGCCCGCAGGAUCCCACAGCUGGACACACCUGGCUGUGUCUCAGCCUUUUGACUUGGUGAAGCUAUGGGUACUAUUGGAAAAGACUUAUGGAAUAUGAGCGAUCUCUGGUGGCUUUCAGAAGAUGAUCUUUUAAAUGUCACAGGUAUGCCACCUACAGGCGAGGAUUCUAGCCCCUGUGUGCUAGGCAUGGAAACAAUUAACAAGUAUGCUGUGAUCAUCCUCUAUGCUCUGGUGUUCCUGCUGAGCCUGCUGGGAAACUCCCUGGUGAUGUUGGUCAUCUUGGAUGGCCGGAGCAAUCGUUCAGUCACUGAUAUCUACCUACUGAACUUGGCCAUAGCUGAUCUCCUCUUUGCCUUGACCUUGCCCAUCUGGGCUACCUCCAAGGUGAAAGGCUGGAUUUUUGGAACAGCCCUGUGCAAGGUGGUCUCACUCCUGAAGGAGGUCAAUUUCUACAGUGGGAUCCUGCUGCUGGCCUGCAUCAGUAUGGACCGCUACCUGGCGAUUGUCCAUGCUACACGCACCUGGAUCCAGAAGCGCCACUUGGUCAAGUUCGUAUGUUUAAGCAUGUGGGGACUGUCUCUGAUUCUGUCCCUGCCUUUCUUCGUCUUUCGUCAAGCUCUUGUUCAGAAAAAUUCUACCCCAGUCUGCUACGAGGACCUGGGUGAUAACACAGCAAAGUGGCGCAUGGUGCUUCGAGUUCUGCCCCAUACAUUUGGCUUCAUCUUGCCGCUGCUGGUCAUGCUGUUCUGCUAUGGGUUCACCCUGUGCACGCUGUUCAAGGCCCACAUGGGGCAGAAGCACCGGGCCAUGCGGGUCAUCUUUGCUGUGGUGCUCAUCUUCCUGCUCUGCUGGCUGCCCUACAACCUGGUCCUGCUCGCAGACACCCUCAUGAGGACCCAUAUGAUUGAGGAGACAUGUGAACGUCGCAAUGACAUAGACCGGGCCCUGGAGGCCACGGAGAUUCUAGGCUUCCUGCACAGUUGCCUCAAUCCCAUCAUCUAUGCCUUCAUUGGCCAAAAUUUUCGCAAUGGAUUCCUCAAGAUCCUGGCCACCCAUGGCCUGAUUAGUCAGGAGUUCCUGGCACGCCAUCACGUGACCUCUUACACUUCUUCUUCCAUCACUGUUCCUUCACACCUCUGAAAGCCAUCCACGGCAACCAUCUCCUCCUGCUAAGGAAAGAGGAAGUACAGCUCCAAGGGUGUGUGUAUGGGCCAUCUGGGUCUGACUGGAUGACAUCUCCAUUUGGGGGCGAGGUUAUGUAUGCUGGAAAGUUAAGAAUUAAUGUCUUCUGCAUAAACAAAGAAAAUUCCUGAAGAAUUGCUGAGACACUGCCAAGGACUGACCUUUCAUACUUCCGUGGAGAGGAAGUUGAACUCUUACAGCUUUGACCUGCCAAGUAGGCAACUGGCGCAGCCUUGUCUGGAGCCAAUCCUGGGACUGCUCCCUCCUAUGGCCUGAAACUCCUGGAACACCAUCUCAACCACUGUACACACCUGCUCCAAUCAGGCUGUAGGAGGUCUCUGAUCAUGGAACUAGUUUCCCAUCUCAAGUACGUUGUAAUGUCUUUUGGGCCAACUGAGGCAGAUGCUGUUGAGCAAUCAAACCACCAGGUGGUCUUGUGGAAUAAGCACAUCCCCCUAGGAUAUGGUGGGUGAACCAAAUUGAGAAUCCAGAUACUUUGUAAUAGGGUGCCCUUUCCCUCUGGACUGACAUCGCAGACAGGAUGAUGGGUAUAUUGGGUCCAUGCUGAACCACAUUUGGAGUGGGAUUAGCAGCCCUUAGCCUUGACCCCUGGAAGCUUCCAGUCUGAUGUGGAAUGUUCUCAGGCUUACAAACCCAUGUAGAGCUGGCCAGCCGCAGAAUAGCCUGAUAUUUCUAAAUAAGUUGCGAUUCCACAUUUGUACAUGGGACUGUAUCUCAGGUGUUCCUGAGAGGAAAAUUUGUGUGUGUGCGUGCACGUGCCAUUAUUGGCUUGACUGUCAUAGACUAGUGGCAGCACUCCCCACGAUAGUGUCUCCUGGGGCCUUAACUCCACUUAGAUCUGCCCCCUAGAGGCAGAUAAACUCCAGUUUAUCUUCUCACCCGAGGCUGGAGAAAACCUCUUUGGC